AUGGCUGAUCUCGAUGUUCCUCAGAGUAAGUCGAGAGACCUCGACAAGCUUCUUCUCCGACCUGGGAAUCUCGUCGGCCCCGACUUCGAUCCUGGAACCGAACUGAGGGACGAUAUGCGAGAAUAUGUAAGGAUCUUGGUGGUUGGUGCGGGUGGAUUGGGUUGUGAGCUCCUCAAGGACUUGGCUCUUUCGGGUUUUAGUAAUCUGGAUGUGAUUGACAUGGACCGCAUCGAGGUCACCAAUCUCAAUCGCCAGUUUCUCUUCAGACUUGAAGACGUAGGAAAACCUAAGGCUGAGGUAGCAGCAAAGCGUGUCAUGGAGAGAGUUAGUGGAGUGAAGAUUGUCCCGCAUUUUUCACGUAUAGAAGACAAAGAGAUUGAGUUUUAUAAUGAUUUUAGUAUCAUUGCCCUUGGUCUCGAUUCCAUUGAAGCUCGGAGAUACAUCAAUGGGGUGGCUUGUGGCUUUCUUGAGUAUGAUGAAGAUGAUACCCCGAGAAGAGAAACAAUGAAGCCAAUGGUAGAUGGGGGAACAGAAGGUUUCAAGGGUCAUGCUAGAGUUAUCGUGCCUGGUGUUACACCAUGUUUUGAGUGCACGAUUUGGCUUUUCCCACCUCAAGUGAAGUUUCCUCUGUGCACUCUUGCAGAAACGCCUAGGAAUGCAGCUCAUUGCAUUGAAUAUGCUCAUCUUAUUAAGUGGCCUGAGGUUCAUGGUGGAAAAUCCUUUGAUCCUGAUGAGCCAGAACAUAUGAAGUGGGUCUAUGAUGAGGCUAUCAAGAGAGCUGAGCUUUUUGGGAUUCCGGGUGUCACAUACUCUCUCACACAAGGUGUGGUUAAAAACAUAAUACCGGCGAUUGCAUCAACCAAUGCGAUUAUAUCGGCAGCUUGUACACUUGAAACCUUGAAGAUUGUGUCUGGUUGCAGCAAAACACUUGCAAAUUAUCUGACGUAUAAUGGUGGAGAGGGUCUCCACACUAAAGUGACGGAGUUCGUGAGGGACAAGGAGUGUCUUGUAUGUGGUCCGGGCAUUCUGAUUGAGCUGGAUACCUCAAUUACUUUGCAAAAGUUCAUUGAGAUGCUUGAAGAACAUCCAAAGCUUCUGUUGUCAAAAGCAAGUGUCAAACACGGCAAAAACAGCCUCUACAUGCAGGCACCUCCGGUUCUAGAAGAGAUGCACAGACCAAACCUAAGCAAGCCGCUCUAUGACCUCAUGGGAAGAGUCCAGAAGGACACUAUCCACGUGUUUGGCACAGCUCUCAAGAACGAAGAGAAACAGUCGAGCUUAACAAAGCUUAGGGUUGUUUUCAAAGGAGCUGAUGGUGUUGCAGACAUGGACACAGCUAUUGGAGCAUGA